GGGCGGUGGUCGUCGUCACCGCGGUGUCCCCCCCCCACGCAGGUCCUGCGGAUGACGAUUCCUCGGGAUGGGGAGGGUCCCCCCCAGCGCCUCUCCAUGAGCCCGCGGGAGCGCACGGGGACGUUCGCGGUGAAGGAGGGACUCAACGCGACCGCGGUGGUGGUGUUUGACUACGGCAAGCUGCUGGUCAGCUACAGAUCCUGGCAGCGCCACGCGUGCUUCGUCACCCGCGUGGAUGAGGACGGCAUUCCGGGGCUGGAUGCCAUCAGCCAGCACUUCCAGCACCGGGAGGUGAGCGCUGUGCCCAAAUGUCCCCGUGUCAUUGUCCCCAUAUCCCAUCUCCACCCCAUCCCCAUCCCCAUCCCAC